AGGUAAAAUAACCACCAUGAGCAGGAUGUCGAUGUUGACCCUGGUCCUCUUGAGCCUCGCGUCGUCCUCGCUCGGCCGUGAGUGGGAAGUCAUCGAAGAUCGCAGGAACCCUCACCGGUCCUUGGAGAUCGCCCAAGGGACGUGGAAGGAGAUACCCGGCGGCCCCCACCGUCGCGUCAGACCGCCGCGGACUCGCCCCGCGACGCGAGACGACGACACCACGCAAGGGCUGAUCGAGCAGUUCGGAUACCCGGUGGAGACGCACACGGUCACGACGGCGGAUGGUUAUAUAAUAGACAUGCACAGGAUCCCGUAUGGGCUGAGUGGUCCGGGGGAGGGACCGAGGAUCCCUGUCCUCCUUCAGCACGGCCUUCUUUGCUCCUCCGCGGACUGGGUCAUCAGCGGACCCGAGAGUGGACUCGGUUUCUUAUUGGCUGAUGAAGGCUACGAUGUUUGGCUGGGCAACGUGAGGGGAAACACCUACGGCCGACGGCACGUCAGCUUGUCCCCUGGCGAUGAUGAUUUCUGGACCUUUAGUUGGGAUCAGAUGGGAGAGUUGGACCUACCUGCGAUGCUGGACAAGAUGUUGGAGGUGACUGGCCAAGACAAAUUCCAUUAUGCGGGCCACAGCAUGGGCACGAUCAUGUUUUGGGUCAUGAGCGACAUGAGGCCCGAAUAUCGAGAUCAUUUCCUGAGCAUGCACGCAAUGGGGCCCGUUUCCAGGGUUGAUCACAUGAUGAGCCCUAUUGCAAUCAUCGCUCCCUGGGUUGAUGAAAUCCAGUGGUUGUUGGAGAUGCUGGGACUUCACGAGUUUCUGCCGAGCUCCGCUUUCAUGGAUUUGUUGGCUUCCCUCGUCUGCGAUGACUGGAGUCUUCCGGCCGUCUGCUCUUCCAUCCUCUUCCUUCUCUGCGGCUUUGACGAGGCGCAACUCAAUGAAACGAUGCUCCCGCUGAUCCUGUCCCAUACGCCAGCGGGGACAUCCACGCAAAACCUCGUACAUUUCGCCCAAGAGGUGAAUGCAGAAAAAUUCCAGCAUUACGAUUGGGGAAAAGAUGGAAACCUGGAACACUACGGCCAAGAGGAGCCACCUGAGUACGACCUAUCCAAGGUCAACGCGGCGGUCUUCCUCUAUUGGGGCCAAAACGACUGGCUCGCCGCACCUGACGACGUGCAAUGGCUAUCGGAGCAAUUGCAUAGCUUGAUCGGGAACUUCCGCGUGGAUUUUGACGACUGGAACCACCUGGACUUCCUCUGGGGCAUCGACGCCAAGAUACUCGUGUACGACAAGUUAAUUGAAAUGAUGAAACUUUUUGACCCGUAACUGAGAAAUAAUCGAAACAUGAUGGAAACAGAAAA